GCCCCUCACCCCCUGAGGGACGGGGCACCCGGCACGCCUGGAUGCCCCUGCCCCGGCCCCGGCAUGGCUGGGAGAAGGCUGCUCCUCCUCGCUCCCCUCGCCCUGGGGCUCCUGGGCGGGCGGGCCGGGGGCGCCCAGCGCGGGGUGGCAGCGGCCUGUCGUCUGGAUGACAAGGAGAGCGAGUCCUGGGGGACCCUGCUGAGCGCGGAGCGGCUGGACGCCUGGAUCUGCUCCCUCCUCGGCUCGCUCAUGGUGGGGCUCAGCGGGGUCUUCCCACUGCUGGUCAUUCCUCUGGAAACGGGUGCCGCGCUCCGCUCGGAAGCCGGGGCUCACCGCCUGAAGCAGCUGCUGAGCUUUGCCCUGGGGGGGCUCCUGGGGAACGUUUUCCUGCACCUGCUCCCCGAGGCCUGGGCCUACACCUGCAGUGCCACCCAAGGGGGCGAGGGACAGAGCCUGCAGCAGCAGCAGCUCCUGGGGCUGUGGGUCAUUGCUGGCUUCUUUACCUUCCUGGGCCUGGAGAAGAUGUUCCUGGACAGCAAGGAGAAGGAGCAGCCCAGCCAGGCCCCCACCAAAGACCUCGCUGCUGCCGUGCGCAAUGGAGGCCUUUGCCCGGCCCCGCCGGCUGCAGUUCCAGGCCUGAGAGCCGAGGCCCAGAAAAUCAAAGUCAGCGGCUAUCUCAACCUGUUGGCCAACACCAUCGACAACUUCACCCACGGGCUGGCGGUGGCCGCCAGCUUCUUGGUGAGCAAGAAGAUCGGGCUCCUAACCACUGUGGCCAUCCUUCUCCACGAAAUUCCCCACGAGGUGGGCGACUUCGCCAUCCUCCUCCGGGCCGGCUUUGACCGGCGGAGCGCGGCCAAGCUGCAGCUGUCGACGGCCCUGGGAGGCGUCCUGGGCUCCUGCUUCGCCAUCUGCGCGCAGUCUCCCAAGGGAGUAGGCGAGACGGUAGCCUGGAUUCUCCCGUUCACCUCCGGAGGCUUCCUGUACGUCGCCCUGGUGAACGUGCUGCCCGACCUUCUGGAGGAGGAGAAUCCCUGGAACUCUCUGCAGCAAGUGCUACUCUUGUGUAUGGGCAUCGUGGUCAUGGUGCUGUUCUCACUCCUCUUCGAGUGACGUUGCCUCCGCUGCCCGCAGGACCACCCAGCAAUAAGAGACUCAUUUCAACGCGGUGCCAGGCAGACGCGCGUGGGAGUGAGACACCCCGGGGAGCUCGGGGGGAGAGAGGUGGACGUGUGUGUGUUGUUGUGUGUGUGUGCGGGCGGGCGUGAGCGAGCUCCCUGGGC